AUGGACGGCAACGAGACUCACGCGGCAGAUGGUGAGAAUGGAGAUGUUGAAGUAUCAGAUGAGGAGGAGGACGGCAGUUCAGAGUCGGAGGGGGAGAGAGAAGAGCAGCCAAUGGAUGCGGGUGCUGGUGUCCAACAGGCUGUCCCAUCAGUACUCCGUGAAAUAUUUGGGGAGGCAUUUAACGGACUUAAUCAAUCAGGAAACAACGGAAACAUGCGCUCGGGGGGUGUGGGAUUAUCAAUUCCAACAGCAGCAGAGAUUGGAGGAUUGGGGGAGAUGGGAGGAGCAUCCGAGAGUGGAGGAUUGGACGAGCGGGGAGGAGCAGGCGACAGCGGGGCGGGGAGGGGAGGAGAAGAGAGCGGGGCAGGGAGGGGAGGAGCAGCCGAGAACGCGGCGGGUAGGGGAGGAGCAGCAGGGAGCGAGGCGGGGAGGGGAGGAGCAGUCGAGAGUGGGGUAGAGAGGGGAGGAGAAGAGAGCGGGGCAGGGAGGGGAGGAGCAGCCGAGAACGCGGCGGGUAGGGGAGGAGCAGCAGGGAGCGAGGCGGGGAAGGGAGGAGCAGUCGAGAGUGGGGUAGAGAGGGGAGGAGAAGAGAGCGGGGCAGGGAGGGGAGGAGCAGCCGAGAACGCGGCGGGUAGGGGAGGAGCAGCAGGGAGCGAGGCGGGGAGGGGAGGAGCAGUCGAGAGUGGGGUAGAGAGGGGAGGAGCAGCAGGGAGUGGGGCGGGUAGGAGAGGAGCAGCAGGGAUCGGGGCAGGGUUGGGAGGAGCAUCAGCAGGGACAGGGAGGGAAGGAGCAGCAGGGAGCGAGGCAGAGAGGGGAGGAGCAGUCGAGAAUGGGGUAGGGAGGGGAGGAGCAGCAGGGAGCGAGGCGGGGAGGGGAGGAGCAGUCGAGAGUGGGGUAGAGAGGGGAGGAGCAGCAGGGAGUGGGGCGGGUAGGAGAGGAGCAGCAGGGAUCAGGGCAGGGUUGGGAGGAGCAUCAGCAGGGACAGGGAGGGAAGGAGCAGCAGGGAGCGAGGCAGAGAGGGGAGGAGCAGUCGAGAAUGGGGUAGGGAGGGGAGGAGCAGCAGGGAGCGAGGCGGGGAGGGGAGGAGCAAUCGAGAGUGGGGUAGCGAGGGGAGGAGCAGCAGGGAGUGGGGCAGGUAGGAGAGGAGCAGCAGGGAUCGGGGCAGGGUGGGGAGGAGCAUCAACAGGGACAGGGAGGGAAGGAGCAGCAGGGAGCGAGGCAGAGAGGGGAGGAGCAGUCGAGAAUGGGGUAGGGAGGGGAGGAGCAGCAGGGAGCGGGGCGGGGAGGGGAGGAGCAGUCGAGAGUGGGGUAGCGAGGGGAGGAGCAGCAGGGAGCGGGGCGGGUAGGAGAGGAGCAGCCACAAGUGGGGUAGGGAGGGGAGGAGCAGCAGGGAGCGGGGUGGGUAGGAGAGGAGCAGCCACAAGUGGGGUAGGGAGGGGAGGAGCAGCAGGGAGCGGGGCGGGUAGGAGAGGAGCAGCCACAAGUGGGGUAGGGAGGGGAGGAGCAGUAGGGAGCGGGGUGGGUAGGAGAGGAUCAGCAGGGAUCGGGGCAGGGAGGGGAGGAGCAGAGAGCGGGGCGGGGAGGGGAGGAGCAGAGAGCGGGGCCGGAAGGGGAGGAGCAGCAGCAAGUGGGGCGGGGAGGGGAGGAGCAGAAAGCGGGGAUGGGAGGGUAGGAGCAGCAGUGAGUGGGGCGGGGAGGGGAGGUGCAGGAUGGAGUGGUGGAGUGGCGGGUGAGAUGGGAAUUGACCACAACAACCCCACACCUGGUGACGCCUCGCAAAACAAUGUCUCUUAUGGGGAGGAUAAGAAGAAGGAGAAGGGGAAGGAGAAGGGGAAGGAGAAGGGGAUGGAGAAAGGGAAGGGGAAGGGGAAGGGGAAGGAGAAAAUAGGAGUAGAAGGGGAAGGAGAUGGCGAAGGAGAAGGGGAAGGAUAUUGGGAAGGAGAAGGCAAAGGAGAAGGGGAAGGGGAAGGGGAAGGGGAAGGCAAAGGAGAAGGGGAAGGGGAAGGCAAAGGAGAAGGGAAAGGGGAAGGCGAUGGAAAAGGCGAAGGAGAAAGAGAAGGGGAAGGAGAAAGGGAAAGAGAUGGGGAAGGGGAACGGGAAGGAGAAUGGGAAGGGAAGGAGAAGGCAAAGGAUAAGGGGAAGGAGAAUGGGAAGGAGAAGGGGAAUGAGAAGGCGAAAGCUAAGGGGAAGGAGAAGAAGAAUGAGAAGGGGAAGGAGAAAGGGAAAGGGAAGGGGAAGCAGAAGAGCCUGGCGAAGGACAAUGCGAAGGAGAAGGCAAAGGAGAAGGGGAAGGGGAAGGCAAAGGAGAAGGGGAAGGGGAAGUCAAAGGAGAAAGGGAAAGGGGAAGGCGAUGGACAAGGCGAAGGAGAAAGAGAAGGGGAAGGAGAAAGGGAAAGGGAAGGGGAAGGGGAACGGGAAGGAGAAUGGGAAGUAGAAAGGGAAGGAGAAGGCGAAGGAUAA